UGGGCGUCUUCAAGAACGGGCGCGUGGAGAUCAUCGCCAACGACCAGGGGAACCGCAUCACGCCGUCCUACGUGGCGUUCACCCCCGAGGGGGAGCGCCUGAUCGGGGAUGCUGCCAAGAACCAGCUCACGUCCAACCCCGAGAACACCGUGUUUGACGCCAAGCGCCUCAUCGGCCGCACCUGGAAUGACCCCUCGGUGCAGCAGGACAUCAAGUACCUGCCCUUCAAGGUGAUUGAGAAGAAAGCCAAACCCCAUAUCCAGGUGGAUGUUGGAGGUGGGCAGGCAAAGACCUUUGCUCCUGAAGAGAUUUCUGCAAUGGUCCUGACAAAGAUGAAGGAAACAGCAGAGGCUUACCUGGGCAAGAAAGUCACCCAUGCCGUGGUCACAGUCCCAGCCUACUUCAACGACGCGCAGCGCCAGGCCACAAAGGAUGCGGGCACCAUUGCAGGGCUGAACGUGAUGAGGAUCAUCAACGAGCCAACAGCUGCUGCCAUUGCUUACGGACUGGACAAGAGAGAGGGGGAGAAGAACAUCCUCGUGUUCGACCUGGGCGGUGGCACCUUCGAUGUCUCCCUCCUCACCAUUGACAAUGGAGUCUUUGAAGUUGUGGCUACCAAUGGGGACACUCACCUGGGCGGGGAAGACUUCGACCAGCGUGUGAUGGAGCACUUCAUCAAGCUGUACAAGAAGAAGACUGGGAAGGAUGUCAGGAAGGAUAACAGAGCCGUGCAGAAGCUGAGGAGGGAGGUGGAGAAGGCGAAGCGAGCACUGUCAUCGCAGCACCAGGCCAGGAUUGAAAUAGAAUCCUUCUUUGAGGGAGAGGAUUUCUCAGAGACACUCACUCGAGCCAAGUUCGAGGAGCUGAACAUGGACCUGUUCCGUUCCACAAUGAAGCCUGUUCAGAAGGUUCUGGAGGAUUCUGACCUGAAGAAGUCUGAUAUUGACGAGAUUGUCCUCGUUGGUGGCUCCACUCGCAUCCCCAAGAUCCAGCAGCUUGUCAAGGAGUUCUUCAAUGGGAAGGAGCCUUCUCGUGGCAUCAACCCAGAUGAGGCUGUGGCCUAUGGUGCAGCUGUCCAGGCUGGAGUGCUCUCUGGGGACCAGGACACAGGUGACUUGGUGCUGCUCGAUGUCUGUCCCCUUACACUUGGUAUUGAGACUGUCGGAGGUGUCAUGACCAAACUGAUACCAAGAAACACUGUUGUUCCCACGAAGAAGUCUCAGAUCUUCUCCACAGCUUCUGACAACCAGCCAACUGUGACCAUCAAGGUCUACGAAGGCGAGCGUCCCCUCACCAAGGACAACCACCUGCUGGGAACGUUCGACCUCACAGGGAUCCCUCCUGCCCCCCGCGGCGUCCCCCAGAUCGAGGUCACCUUUGAGAUCGACGUGAACGGCAUCCUGCGCGUCACCGCCGAGGACAAGGGCACCGGCAACAAGAACAAGAUCACCAUCACCAACGACCAGAACCGCCUGACGCCGGAGGAGAUCGAGAGGAUGGUAAACGACGCCGAGAAGUUUGCUGAGGAGGACAAGAAGCUCAAGGAACGCAUCGAUGCGCGGAACGAGCUGGAAAGCUAUGCGUAUUCCCUGAAGAAUCAGAUCGGGGACAAGGAGAAGCUGGGCGGGAAGCUGUCCUCCGAGGACAAAGAGACAAUAGAGAAGGCAGUGGAGGAGAAGAUCGAGUGGCUGGAAAGCCACCAGGAUGGAGACAUCGAAGACUUCAAAGCGAAGAAGAAGGAGCUGGAGGAGGUGGUGCAGCCCAUCGUCAGCAAGCUGUACGGCAGUGCGGGCCCUCCCCCCGGGGAGGAGGAGGCAGCAGAGAAGGACGAGUUGUAGAUACAGAGUCUGAAUGUGGUGUGUGUAUAUAUUGGACUCAGGAACACUUGUUUAAAAUAUUGGACUCUUAAUUUGGAAUGUACCUUUGAAUCUUCACUCGUGAGUGGAGCUGGAACCGCUAGCCCGACGUGGCUGUAUCCUGCUUUUCGUUAGCAGUCGCUCGAUGUCUGGGGAGGGAGCAGGGGGGGAGUGUCACUGGGGGUUAGGAUAUUGGCAGUGGAACAUCCUAUUUAACAACUCGGUCAUGUGAACUUGGUGUAGAGCUUUUCUACCUGAAGUGGCCACAAUAAAUUUGUUAUUUACACUGGA